AUGGACAGUGACCAGGAUUCCACCCCCCCAGGAUUCGCCCUCGUCGACGAGCAGAUUAUUGCCCAUCCUGCCGUAGACGCCGCCUUCCAGCUUGAAGGAGACUAUGGUCGCUGGGACCGUUGGACCUUGGAGCAUCCCCAUGGACAUGUUUACCCGCCCUGUGGCCAUCCCCACUGUGCCAAUGGCUGCGCCGGUCCCAUCGAUGGUGGGAUGUGGUGCCACAACUGUUUCCUUGACCAUAGCAUUGGCUUCGAAAAGUGCCAACUGGUGGAUCAGUAUCUUGCGGAAGAGCUUUGUCGGGAACAAAUUCUAACCCCACGCAAUGCCGCAGAUUUCGUUGCCAAGUAUCGAGCCAUGAAGAGCGAUAUCAUGGUUGGCGAAACACCCUCCUCCAGCUUGGCCUCCUUGGAUGGUCGUGUAUGCCACGCGCUCGACAGAGCUCAUGACCUACUGGCUACCGCGCAACAGGCACUUCGUCACAAUCUUUUAACCACAGGGGCUACUCGGUGCGCUUCCAAGCUUGCCGAACUCGAAGAAACCCUGGCGCUGAUCAGGAUGGAGAACGUUCGCAUCUCUAACCUUUCCCUCCGUAUCCGCAAGCGCUGGCUGUACAUAAGUGACGUCGUCGACAGGUCGAUCACCAUAUUAGACGAUGAUCGUGCCGACCCUGUCAAGGCUUUACAUGACGGUCGCGACCUUCUGAAGCGCUGUCACUACAUGCGCCUCCUUUUCGAAAGCUAA